GAUUGUCCUCGCGCGGCGCCAGCACCUCCACGGCCACGGAGGAACCUUCUUGUCACUGUUUUGGGGCUCUCCGUCGAUCGAGGAAGAUGGCCGCUAUGAAAAUCCUCACGAGCGCAGGUCUCUUCUUGGCUCUGUGCGCGCUCGCGCUCCUCGCCAUGGCGAUCUGCACCGACUACUGGUACGAGACCGACGCCAGGAGACACCGGGAGAGGUGUAAGAACUACGCCAACAAGCGCAACGACCCCGGUUACAUCUACAUUCCGAGCCACAACCUCCCGAUCCAGAUGCCUCCGAAGAGGAUCCCGGAGCGGAGAGGCAGCGGCCCGCGCGCAGCUCCUCUCAUGCGCGAGAAGCGGCACUUCGUGGCCGCGGCGUCCGCCAUGGAGUCUCACUGCAGCCGGCAGUUUAACUCCUCCAUCUCCGGGCUGUGGAGGAAGUGUCACCGGGAGGGCUUCGACCUGGAGACCGAGGACCUGAUCUACAAAGGAAUAAUUCAAAGGUGUACCCCUGUCAAGUAUCACUAUUCCUCAUCCGUCCUACCACGAAAUUUACCCGUCAACAUCACAAAGACUAUUCGACAGGACGAGUGGCAUGCACUCCAUUUACGAAGAAUGACGGCUGGUUUUGUGGGCAUGGCCGUGUCCAUCAUUCUCUUUGGCUGGAUCAUCGGAGUGCUGGGAUGCUGCCAGCAGCAUGACCUCAUGCAAUAUGUAGCUGGGCUACUCUUUCUCAUGGGAGGAACAUGUUGCAUCAUCUCCCUGUGCACGUGCGUGGCAGGGAUCAACUUUGAGUUGUCCCGCUUCCCACGCUCCAUGUACGGCCUCCCCGAAGACAUUAGCCAUGGCUAUGGCUGGUCCAUGUUUUGUGCCUGGGGUGGCCUCGGCCUCACGUUGCUGGCCGGCUUCCUCUGCACCUUGGCUCCCUCCCUGAGCACGCCUGCGCGCACGACAACCCACAAACCAAGGCAGGAGAACGGAACUGUGUGACGAAAGGAAGGUCCGGUUGCACAAGAGCUCGCCACCCCCCACCCCACCUUCCAACUUUGGUGUUUGACUCUGAAACAGUUUGUCACGUCACCGUCAACAUGGCCAACCUCAGUGCGUGCGCUGAGUUGUGACAGAAGCAGAACGAUAAACUUCACACGUCAAAUGUUGAAAUCUCUUGAUGGACCUCCAGAAACAGGAAGAGGAACUUGUACAGCAGCAAAUGACUGAUGAUCAAAGAGAACAUGUUUUUGUCCAUGUAAAGGUGACUGUCUUCUCCGAAGACGAUCUGUCUUAAACUGGUGCUCCUUGAAACCCAUGAAGCCACACACUCCUGCAAAGGAAAAACACACAUAUCAACUUUUUUCCACACAUACUAAAUGUUUCUGGAGAAAUCUUGAGAACACAAAGAAACACACAAAAACUAGUUUAGAGCAUCCUGUCGGGAUUCCUCUGUCUUUUGAUUAUUUGUGUGUAACUGUUUGUACUUUAGAGGGAAAAUGUGCUGCAGCGACGUUUCGUUGCUUCUAUGUAGUAAAACACCACGUGAUGUAAAGAAGACUCUGAGGAACGCCUGCAGUCCGGUCUGACUGAUUAAAAAUAAUACACACAAGUGAGUUUGCCUUAAAAAGCAAAUCUUUAAUAAGUUAUCAAAUGCAACACGUAGAGCUAGAUGUUUAAGUGACGUCGAUUUGAAAAAUCAUUUUUUAUCUGUCUUCUUGGAGGAAAUAGCAGCUGACAGAAGAGAAGAUGAGUUAAAACUGAUAAAACAAUAAAGAAGAAAACUUUUAUAAUUAUAUGGACGCAUUGCAAAGUCAUGAAGACUGAUCAUAAAAAUACAUAAAGUAAGGAACAAAA